AAGCAUUUUAGCUUUGAAUGAUUCAGCUAUUUUUUUAGAUAACACACUUAGACAAUUAUUAUUUAAGUAAUUACAAUUGUUUUUUAAAACUAUUAGUAGUUAAAAGUAGAAUCUUACUGUUUUCGUUGUAAUUGAAGAUAUAAAAGAAACUCCAAAAUGCAAAAAGUUAUUAUAUUUGGUUCCACUGGUAUGACAGGUCUGUGUGCUCUAGAAAGUGCAGUGAAACGAGGUUUCCAAGUGACUGUGUUUGUGAGAGAUGAGAAAAAAAUUCCAGAGGAAUACAAAGGAAAGGUAAAUGUUGUAGUUGGAAAUGUUACAAAUGAAGAUCAAGUAGAUAAAGCUGUAGCCGGGCAAGAAGGAGUUGUUGUAGUGUUAGGAACUAGAAAUGAUUUGAAGCCUACCACAGAGCUAUCAGAUGGAUUAAAAAAUAUUAUCAAAGCUAUGAAAAAACACAAAGUCGAAAUAAUAUCAGUGUGUUUAUCAGCCUUUCUGUUUUGGCCUGUUGAAAAAGUUCCAAAACAAUUCCAUGAUUUAAAUGCUGAUCAUCAACGAAUGUUUGAUGCACUCAAGGAAAGCAAUUUAAAAUGGAUAGCUGUUUUGCCACCUCAUAUUUCAGCUACUCCAAAAUCUGAAUACACUAUUAAGCAUGAUGAAUCACCUGGUCGUGUUAUUUCGAAGUAUGAGUUAGGAGAGUUUUUAGUUGAAAGUCUUGAGAAACCAGAACAUUAUCAAAAAGUUUGUGGCAUUGCAACCAAUCAAGGUCUUGGAAGUAACAACAGUUGAUUUUUUUGAGGAGAAUAAACUUAUUGGUAAUGGAGGUGGAGGUGGACCGCAGGAUUUUUUACUGAUCAGAAAAGAACUCCGGUCUUGAGUGUGAGUAACCCAAUUGUUACACUCCCAUACAUUUAUGGGUUCACAAAUGUUAUAACCGUUUUUUAAAUAAAACUUUUCUUGUCCUUUUGUUGCCAAAUAAAUACGUUUUAUGCCUUUAUUAAUAA